CAAAAAAGACGUAGAAACUAAAAUACAUGUACUGCGUACUCAAUUUACUAGAGAGAAAAAAAAGAUGUCGGCAAAAAAACUACAGGCAGCGGCGCAAUAGAAAAAUGUAAAUGGAUUUAUUACGAGCCAUUGGAAUUUUUGUUAUGUGGUGCAACUACUUCUGGUGAAACGGAUACUAUGAAUAAAACAGUAGAUGAAAACAAUGCACUUGAAAGUGGUAUGGAGUCAGAGCCAUCUCAAUCACCAAGGCCGAAUGCUACAACAUCUACAUCUUCGAGGAAAAGAAAUAAGACAGAUGAAUCAAAUGAAAUAUUAGAGGUUUUGAAAAGUGCUAAAAAAAAGAUGGAUGAAAGGGAGAAGAAGGAUCCAUUUGAUAUAUAUGGUGAAUAUAUUGCUGCUGAAUUAAGAAGUGUUAAAGAUGACCAAGCCGUGACACAGGCAAAGUACCAUAUUAAUAAUAUACUGUAUGAAUUAAAAAUGGGACGAUAUAAUACAUAUGGAUAUCAAACGGCAUCUUCUCAUCCAUCAUCAACACCAAAUAAUGUUCAGGAAACUGAAAUAAGGGAAAUUGAGAGACACGAAACAAAUAGACUAGAUGCAUUACGAGACGAAACAGAAGAUUCGGCUAUACUAAACUUAGUUAACUAUCUCAGUGAUGAAUCAACGCAAUAGCAUACACUGUUUUUUUUUUGUGUUUUUUAAUUAAUAAAAUACUUGAUUACACAAAUAGUGUUCUUGUACCUUGACAUAUCCUGCUAGUGAGUUAAUUAGUUCUUGACAUACAUCUGGUAUAAUUUUGCUAAUCAAUUGUUUUGAUACUCUGAAUGUGUAUGAAAGAGAACUGUAUGAAUCUCCAGUUGCAAGAUACCGUAAUGUAAUAGCCAGCCUCGUUUGAGGUGAAACUGGCUGACGAAUAUUUGUUUCCCUUUUGGCUAUUGAUGGACCAAUCAUUUCUAGAAGAUGUUCGAAAUCACUUUUCGACAUUCUCGUAAAGUUACAAAAUGAUCCAUCUGUCAUUCUGAGGUCACUCAUCAAAUUUUCUCUUUGCAAAAGAUAAUUUCGAAUCCACCAUCUUUUUCUCUUUUUUUUAUUAGAGAUUCUAUACAUCUGAUACAGAGAACACAACAACACUACCUCCUCGGGCAACAUUUUAACGCAGACUGGCGUGUGGACAACCUGUAUUGAUUUAAACAUAGUUGCUAGCAACAUUCUCGCCGCUCACCAACAAUGUUUAGCAACUGUUGCUAAACAAAUGUUUACCAUGAAUACGGGGCAUUA